AAAUAAAGCUACAGAAAUGUCAUGAAGGAAACGACUGCUUUGCAGAGCUGGGUUAACUUUGGAAAUACCUUGAUUAAAAUAAGCUACAUUAAAGGCCCCAGACUACUACACACACAUGGUUUUACCUUGAGUAUCUUUAAUGUGAAAUGGGCCUGAGCCACGCUAAGGCUCACCCAAGGGUGACCAAGGUAGCACCUUUGCAGAACAAAGAGGAAGAGACUCCCUCGGCCAGCCCUGUGGACUUCGCAUUCACUCAGAAUCUGGAAGAAAAGAGUUCAUAUUCAUUCGCAAGACUGCAGGACCAGAAUAAAGCUUUGGAACGGCAGCUGCCACCUCUACGAGAGACUGGGUAUGGGAGAUACUCUGCAGUGCCUGGGGCCAUGUAUUUUGACAUUCCACUGGAACAGAGGGAAACAAGUAUUAUUAAAAGGCAUCCACCAAGAAGACUUCAAAAGCUUGAACCCAUUGACCUGCCACAAGUAAUUACUUCUGAAAGGCUCCUGAGCCAGCAAGAAGCCGGGAGGAGUCACAGAGCAAAGCAGGAACUGGAAAAGAAGAUGCAAAUGCCAAUGCAUCCUUCUGGGAAAAGGCAAUAUUUACAUAAGAUGCAGAUGCUGGAAAUGAACCGUAAAAGACAAGAGGCCCAGGAGUUGAAGAAAAGCCUUCACAGGGAGGUAAGAACUAAUAAGCAAAAACAGAGGGACCAUAAAGCCAAGAAAAUCCUUCAAAGCAUCCCAAGAAAUGACGGCGGCGACUUUUUCACCUUGUUGCCUGAUGAAACCUUGAACAGAAGUCCAGGAAAUUCACAGAAUGAAGAAUUUUUGGAGCAUCAAUCAAGGAAUGACUAUGGUCCCCGGAAAAUUGGCAAAAUGGAAACCUGGCUCCGUGAACAAGAGGCUCGGAGACAGCUUCCCUGGGACAGUUCCAGCUCUGACUCAGAUGAGUUGGGGAAAGCCGAGAAGAAACCACGAGCAUUGGUGAGGACCAGGACAGAGAGAAUCCCACUCUUUGAUGAGUUUUUUGAUCGAGAAUAAUAAUGCUAUUCACUAACGUAGAUGCCGAGCGCACUGAAAGCCUGCUCUCCUGUAAGAAGUCUUCAGGCUAGUGUAUGAAGUAUUUGGAGGACACCAGUUCCCUUUCUUUUCGUUUGGAGCCCUAAGAUUAAAGGUGUGAGACACAAUGUAAAUUACGUUGCAUAACUAACUGCCUCAAAACUUAGGGGCUUAAAUACAGCCAAUUCUGGUCCCAUUUUUCAGUGGGUUGCUGGGCUUGGUUGGGUGGUUCUUCUGCUGGUCUCUUUUUAAGUCUUUCAUGUAGCUGAAGUCAGAUGGCAGGUCAGACUGGAGUCAUCAAGAGACUCAACCAGGACACUGUGAUGGCUGAACCUCGCCCUCUCCAUCCCAGAGCCUCUUCACAUGGAUUCCCCACGUGCUUUCUCCUGCAGGGCAUGAAUCUGCUCUCAUGUCAGCCCAGGUCCCCCAAAAGCAAAUGCUUCCAGAGGAGGAAGGGGAAGCUGCCAAUCCUCUAAAGUCUAGACCACAGAACAGCUCCAAAUCACUGCCCCCACACUCUGCUGGUUACUGCAAGUCAUAGGCCAGGUCACAGGCAAU